AUGCAUUUGGUUCAAUUUUCUGGUUUUCUUUUGUUCGCCCUAAUUGGGCCUACCGGGGCACUUCCAGGAGGUGUGAAGAGCGAAUCCCCAAACGCAUCAACUCCAUCGACAACCACUAAAUCUGACUUAUCUUCUCACAAUAAACUGCCAUCGGAUAUCAAACAUAUUAAAGUCUCAGUCCCGACAAAAACAAGCAAAAUCUCAUCUGGCUCCAGCGCCUCUUCAGCUGUUAUCACAUCAAGCAGCAGGGUUGGAAGUUUCCUGGGGCAAAAAAACGCUCAAAUCGAUGGUUCUUCAGGCGUCCUGUUUUCCGCAUCUGGCGCAUGGCUAACCGUUGCAUGUGAUGCUUCGGGUGUGACUGAUGAUCAGAUCCCGGUCGCCACCAGAUGGGCAGUCGCAGAUGCGCAAGACGCGUGGAACCAGGCAAUGGCCGGCUUUGUGAAAGACCUUAAUGACCCCAGUGUUGAAUAUCAACCGUUUGAUGCGUGGCUGUGGAAUGCGUUCCAUUAUAAUGACUAUCCCCAGUGCUGGAACUGGGAUAGCGACAGCUGUGGGACAGUGUCGUGCAGUUCCAACGGCAAGAGACCAGCUGAGUUUCUGCUUCUGGACUCGAUCUCAGCUCUGAAUGGGCUAGUUCGAUAUACUCACUCCGCUAUUAUGGAUAGUCAAGAUUUCAUCCAGAACAGCAUGACAGACUUUGUCCACACUUUCACCAAACUUCCAUCCCAGUUAAGCACUGAAAUCCUGAAGAUUAUUAUGGAUUCUGUGACGUUCGGUGUUGGUAUUGGCUCUGCAUUUACAUGGAACGUCUUUUUCAAGGAAGCGGAAUGGUUCACUCUCAAGGACACUUAUCGAGGGAUGUGGAAAGAUAUUUUCAAUGGUAUGGUGGCAUAUGGGAUGACUGCAGGGAAGGACAGUAUGCCUUCAGGAACUGAGUCAGAUGAAUGGGCUAAGCUUCAGAAUGAUCUGACUGAUCUGGAUACUAUGUUUCUGAACGCAUCCAUGAGCAGUCUGUCAGGUUUCCUGUAUGAUACUCUACAUGCCAAAACUAACGACACCCAGACCCAGCUAAGUAACAUGGUAGCGGGAGGUAAUUUGUACUCGCUGCUCUCAGUUGACGAGAGUCCUAUGGCGUUGCAAACUGCUACGCUCCAGCUAUUUUGGGGUCGGCUUAUCACUGCGGCAUGGCCCAUGUCUCCGUCAAAAAUGAACCCUUUCAUCUUGCGAGUCGAUCGGAGUGAUUAUACAUGCGGUGAUCCCGUUACGACGCCUCCAGGUGAUGAGUGGUACGACGGCUUCAACCUCGGCACGAUGAUGAGCUCUGAUACGGCAGCAAAGACGCAAAUCUGUGAUUCUUCAGGCAACACUUGGUUUCUUCUGAACGCUGUCCAGAAUAAGCAGUGUGGAUCCAGCAAUCUCGAAAAUUGUGUAAGCACUAAGACAUAUUAUCCUUUCCAAGAACUCGCUGGGGGAACCUCGGAUGUCUUGGAUGGCACCAGCUGGGGUGGUAUCACCAUCAAGGAUAUUAUCAUGAGCAGCUACGGUGGAUUUCUCGAAAAUGGUGGCAAGAACGGCUAUUCGAUGCCUGACGAUAGCUCACUUCAGAUAGAUGACACCUGGUCCACUAUUCAAGAUGGCGGCUUACCUUUCAUUGGUGGAAUCCAAACUCCUGGAUUCUUUAACUUCACGAUCUGUCUCAACGCGACUGAGGCUCAAAAUAAUGCGGUGGAAGGGACGCUCCCGGUCUGUGCCACUGUCCCUAACUCCGAUGGAGUCAGUCCGAACGUCAAUAGCGAUGGAUGGACGCCGGGCUGGUGCGGUCUGCACUUCACCCAGUGGGAGCCCAACGAGGGAAAUAAUAACCCUCUGGACGAGUGGCAGCUUGAGAUUACUCUCUUUGACGGGUCUCAAACAUGGUUGACGACAGCAACGAAGCAGCCCGUGGAAGGCGGGCUUAUCAUUCCAAGCAAGCUCACAUAUAAUUUGACCGCUACAAUGGAAGACAGUGACGACUCGGACAGUCUUUGCUUCUGGUACUCUGAUCAAUACUGGUGCAUUUCUGACUCGGCAGCCCAUGACUGCCAGUAUGACUCUUCUUUUGACGGUACUUACCGGACACGACAAGGCAACUGUGGUUUCACCUGCGAUAACCCUUCUUCUGAUCCUCCUGCAUCCGCAACUACUAAUUACCCUACGUCCCCUGUCACUGCUUUCUUUGGCACUGGCACGGCCUACACUCAAGCGCUCUCGUACUCGACCUACAACAGUGGUUGGUGCGGGUUGCACAUUCGCCAAUACCAGCGCGAUGAGACUGAUGACUAUGAGAAUCCUGGAAACAACUACGGUCUUGAGCUUACUUUGUUUGAUGCCAAGCAGGAUAUGAUCUCGUACACACCCAAAACAGACGCGGCUUCCGGGGAUGCUGUGGUCAUCCAAGGUCCAUUGGCGUGGAUUCUGGAGGUUAUCUCGGGUGACUCGGAUGACUCGGCAGUCAGCUUCAAGUAUGGUGGAGAGAGUUGGGAUAGCAGUGGUAGUCAGUGCAGCGUUGGCAGCACUAACAACGGGUGGCAGGAUGGGUUGCGUGACAUUGACUGCGGUUUCCCUUGCUGA